GGCAGUCCAUGACUAUAAAGGCAUCAUCUGCACUAGUUCCUAGCUUUUGCGUCUACUUUCCAUGUCCGGCUACGGGAGUCCAAGCCCAGGAGGGAACAACCCCGACAAUCGCCCUCUGCCCCCGGGCUGGAUCACCCAAUUUGAUCCAAACUACAAUGCCUGGUUCUACGUGAACACACACGCUCAGCCACCGGUCACCACGUGGACCCACCCCAUGGGCCCGCCGUCCUCGCCAGGGCCUCCAAGCGGCGGAUACGCACCCCCGGCGGGUGGACCGCCUCCGAACAACUCAGGAUACUACCCGCAACAGGGUGGCGGUAGCCCGUAUCCCGGCCAGCAGCAGCAGCAGUCUUACCCGCCGCAAGGAGGGUACGGCGGUCCUGGGCCCGGGUACCAACAGUCGCCCCCACCUCAGGGCGGAUACUCGCCGUACAAUCAGCCGCAGCAGGGGUACCAGCAGCCCCCGCCCGAAAACAAAGGUCUGCUGGGCGGCAUGUUUGGACGGCCAUCGCAGCCUCAACAGCCGACUUACGUGCAGCAAGCACCGCCGCCGCAGAAGAGUGGGAUGGGAAUGGGCUCUGCCCUUUUACUAGGCGGAGGAGGCUUGCUUGCGGGCGGCUUGUUGGCCGAGGCGUUCGAUGGGCAUGAUGGAGGUGACGGGGGUGACAGGGGCGAUGACGGGUAUCGAGGUGGUGAUGACGGUGGAGGUGACGAUGGAAACUGGGGCGGAGAUGACGGUGGCGACGGAGGAGGCGAUUGGUGAACAGUAGCGUGUCGAUUAAUUGCUGUUUCUCAGUCUCAGGGGCCGCGUGUGAGACCGCACCACGUUGAUCUCCCUCAAUAACGCCCAGUCAUCCAGUGCAGAACAUCCACCGGCUCGUCAAGCAGCGCAGUUGGAAAAUCGGGGGGGAUCUGAACUGGAUUGGUGUUGUAGAAUAGAUCUCGUUGCCAGGAUAUGAUCGCGGGGAUAAAAUCUUUGGGCAUUCCGUCGAUCUAAUUUCGGCAGCAGCACUGUUGAGCCAUCCAGAGUAGAAUGCAAUAUAUGCUGCUGCGAUUCAGUUGCCGAUAGUAAGGUGAGUGGAUAACUCACAGGAAUGAUGCGGCGCCCCCAGCAAUGGAAACUGUUUACUGUACCCUCCGCGCUUAGUAAGUUCACGAUAGUGGUCUUGCCACAUCAGAUCCUGGCUCGGCAGUCGGGCUUUGCCAGACCAGAUUUUUGCCAGUGCCAAAGCGGUGUAAUCGCCAUGAGUCCAGGUGACGAUCCCCAGGUUCACUGCGCGAGUGAUAUCAGUAGAGUGGGCUCUUCGAUGUACAAGAAGUCGCGAUACAGCGAGCGGUAGUGCGUCCCGUCAGUAAUCAGCGGCCUCACCGACGUUCCAUCCUCUUGCCACGACGAAUUGUGGUACUGGGGCAGAAAAGGGAAUGUGUAGUGGAACCCGGUACAGAAGAUGAUGUGAUCGAUGCCGCUGAGCACUUCCCAUCCGCCAGUUCAAUCGUUCGGUUGGAUGGGUGGAAACGCUCAAUGCCAGGAACGAGACGGACUCCGUCUUUCAAGAGCUGCAGAAACUGCAGG